ACGGAAAAAAUCAAAAGCCGGAACGGAAACGGCGGGUUGUCGCGUGCGGCGAUUGAUGUGUGUAUUCAUCAAGAUGAAAUUAAAUAUCUGCAAAAUAGUUGAUGGCUGUCGCCUUGGGACACUAACAAAUCUCGGCAAGAAAGAGGUUCAGUCGAUGGAAAUUCCAGGGUGUCUGCUUUAUACCAAAAUGGGAACGGCACCACACCUUACCCAUGAUACACUACACAGUAUUCAAGGUUUUCCUGUAGUUGUCCAGAUUUCACUUACAACACUAGCAGAUCUUCAAGAGGUCUUGCAGGAAUAUAAAGAAGGAAUUGGAAAAUUUAUAGGUAUGCCAGAAUCAAUAUUAUAUUGUUCCCUUCAAGACCCUGCGGUUUGCUCCCCUCAUGGCUACAACAGCAUGAAGACUGUAUCUAUAUGGAACAAUAGAGGACGGAAAGAACUCACAGCAUCAAAGUUCAUGGAUAUCCAAAAGGCUAUCCAGCCAGACUGGUUCCAGUGUUUAUCAGAUGGAGACACUAUUUCAGCAGACAUCUCCAAAAAGAAAGCCAAGAAAUCUGUAGAUCGAUCAUUGUACUUUUUGGAUGAAUGUCUACAGCUGCAAGAAAAUUCCCCAGAAUUGAAACAGAGUUUGAUGUUUGGAGUUAUUGAAGGUGGAGAUGUGUUGGAGGAAAGACUAAGAUCAGCCAGGGAGACUGCCAAGAGACCAGUGGCUGGAUUUCUUUUGGAUGCCUUUCAAGGAAAUACCAUGACUAAAGAGACUAAAUUGGAGCUCUUAACCUCAGUUAUAGCUGAGCUGCCAGAAGAUAAACCAAGACUAAUCCAUGGAAUUGGUAAACCAGAUGAAAUUCUGGAGUGCAUUAAAAGAGGAAUAGAUAUUUUUGACAGUUCUUUUCCUUACCAGGUGACAGAACGACACUGUGCUUUGUGCUUCAGUUUUGAUUAUCAACUGAAUCCGGAAUCAGCAGAUAUAGAGGAAGAUGAAAAAACAGAGGUGAGGAAAGAUGAUAAAAAACCAAAAGAUGAAACAUUCAGUGGAGCUCAAGAAAAAGAUGAUGAAAAUCCAAAAGAUGAAACAUGCAGGGAAGCUCAGGAAAUGACUUCAUUUGAAAUUCAUCUGAAAGACAGAAAGUACCAGGAUGAUUUUAAUCCUUUAGUGAAUGGAUGCUCAUGCUAUUGCUGUCAAAACCACAGCCGUGCCUACGUCCAUCACCUCGUCAUGACCAAAGAGCUGUUGGCUUAUGUGCUUCUUAUGAUGCAUAACUUUCAGCAUUACUUUGGCUUCUUUUCUUCUAUCCGAAAUGCUUUGAAAGAAGAUAAGUUGGAUCAGUUAAGAAAGGUUAUCAGCAGGCAAGCCCUCUGAGGUCAAAUAUAAAAAGGAGAUUCCCCAACCUCGCUUCCCCUUCUGGAUCAAGAUUAUGGAGAAGAGCUGUUAAUACCAUGAGGGUAGACAUCCAUGAUAAAAGAAAACCCAUAUGUUGCCUGCCAUCUCGUAUCUGAGUAUAACUUUCCUUAUAAUUUUAGGAAAGAUUGAGAUUUUUUUCCAGAAGAAUUAAUCUUGGAAAAAGAUAAAAGUAAGGAUAUUCUGUAGAAGAAUUCAUAUACUUUUCUGAUAUGUAUUAAUGAUAUUAACUUAUGAACAUUUGAACU